CAGGCCUGGUCAUAGCCUGCAGCCUGCAGGAAGGGAGAUGACAGGGAGAAAGUUCAGCUCAGACAGUGCCUGUGGGGACUUCAGCUACACAGCAGAGGGCAAAAAAAGCAGGGGCUGCAAGCCACCCUGGUCACUUCAGACACUGACUGUGCCGACAUUUAGCAUCGUGCCCCACCUUUGCCCUGUGGAAAUUCAAAGUCAUAAACCAUAUUGACUUUAGUUUCAAGUGUCAGAAAGGUUGCCCAGGAGUCUGGGAGCCGACAAACAAAACAGGAUUCAGAACGAUUUUUGACAUCUGAGCCAGUUGUGAUUUUUUUUUCUAGGAACCAUAACAACAGGCAAAAAGCACUAGGCCUUAUCAUUAUGGAUUUGUAUUCCUGCUGAUACAUAAACUUGGAGUAACCGAGCAGAGGAAGCAAACAACUGCCUUCUUUACCAGGCACGAGGGUGCUGGAAGGGGCUACUCAGAGUUUAAUGGGCGGCUUUAUGUGUUUAUGUGCUUUGACGGGAGCCAAAGAGCACUGUGCGCUGUGCCACACAAUGGGAAGUUUUGAGUUGGAUUUUAGAAGAAAUAACUUUGAUCCAUUUCAAAAGCAAUGAAGCCUGAUGCACCCAGGAGAAAAGAAGGCGUUAAUUUAUGGCUACCAUUAAAGACACGCGGACAAAGGCUGGACUGAGCGUUUCACUAAGUGAAGAUUUACAAAUGCGUUAAAACAAAACAAAACAAAAAAAAACCACCCUUCAAACUAGAAAUAGCCGAGUGUCUCUCUCAGCACCAAAUACAAAAGGAGUGGGAGGGAGGAGCCAGAGACAGAGAAAGGGGUGGGACCUGACUGCCUUUACUAGAGAGGAAAGGUUAAAGGGAAAACACGGGAAAGUUCUUUUCUCAGAGUCUUCAUCCAUGGCAGAAUACAUAAUACCCCCCAAAGACAGGCUCAGCCUGGGCCCCGAGCAGAUACGGGCCGGGGUGGCAGACAGCUGCCCAGAGAGCUGAGGUGGGAAGCUAUAACAGACCCCCAAGAAGAUCUGUGUGCUCUUGUGCAUGUGCUAGGUUGUGGGGAGGGAUAGGGGGUUGGUGAGUUGUUUUUUUUUUUUUUUUAAAUCUAGUGGGUGUGAAUAUACACUUAUACAUGUGCAGUGUAUGUAGCCAUAUGUCUACAUACACAUGAAGAUAUAUGUAAAUAUUCACAGGAGAAAAUCGAAUAAAAGUCAUUCAGAGAAACCCAAAUCCAAGCAUUCACAUCUCUGAGUACGGCCUUCUGUUUCUUCCAUGAAGGGGACCCCGAAGCAUUUGUUGCUAGAAUGAUGCAGACUGUAGUGGCCCCAGCCACCUGAGAUUGGAACAGAUGGGAAGGCCUGGCUGUGGGGAAUUCGUCCUGGCCAUUCCCUAUUUGCAGCUCACCGAAUCUGAUAGUUAUAAGUUCCCGUGGGUCAUAGAUGCCACCUAUGCCCAGCACAAAGUUGGGAGCUUUACUACCUUCGGUGGUCCACCCUUGACCUCUGGGCCAUUUUUUCUUUCACUUCCUUGCUGUUAAGAUAACUAGACUGCAAUGAGAAACUACUCUCUGCAGUGAACCCAGCUCUCUCUCUCUCUCUCUCUCUCUCUCUCUCUCUCUCUCUCUCUCUGCCUCAAGGUGCUACUUUGGGGCUAAGGUAUCAGCGAGUCCUGGCUACUGCCAGGCUCAGGAAGCAAAAUGUGUGAUGGCCUGAGCAAAGCAGCUGGGGUCACUCAGAUAGCUUUGUCCUGAGUUCUCCUGACAGGGUAUAUGGAACCCUAAGACAAUAUUGUUGGAGCCUUGCUGGGCCUGGUGUCCAGUGUCUCAUUGUGUGGGGACUAAGCGAGACACUCUCCGGGCGCCCUGUAACUAGUUUGGAAGGAUCGGGUCAAGUUGGAGACUCAGCGAGCGAGCGAUCGCGCAGGAUUCUGCUGUCAGCCGCUCGGGCCACGGCGGCCGCGCCCCCUCCGCCCCGGGCCGGGGAGGGGCCAGACGGGCGGGGCGGCACAGAGGACCGUGUGAAAAUGAGGCCGGGGCUCGGGGGCGGGCGGGGCCGGGGGUGUCCGCGGGCGCAGAAGCCGGGAGCCCGCACACGCCUCCCCGCGCCGCUACCGCCGCCGGCUCUCCGCCGCUCCGCGCGCUGCGGCUGCCAUGGGGGUCGCGGGCUGCGGUCGGCCUUCGGAGGCCCGGGCGCUGCUGCUGCUGCUACUGCUGCUGCUGCCGCCGCCGCUGCCGCUGCUGGCCUCUGCCGUCCCACCCGACCAGGGUCGCACCAACGGGCCGCCCGAGGACAUGGAUGAAUGUGACAAUGCUCUCAAUGGAGGCUGUGUCCACGACUGUUUAAACAUCCCAGGCAACUAUCGCUGCACCUGUUUUGAUGGCUUCAUGUUGGCUCAUGACGGUCAUAAUUGUCUUGAUGUGGAUGAAUGCUUGGAGAACAAUGGCGGCUGCCAGCACACCUGCACCAACGUCAUGGGGAGCUAUGAGUGUCGCUGCAAAGAAGGUUUCUUUCUAAGUGACAAUCAGCACACUUGCAUUCACCGCUCAGAAGAGGGCCUGAGCUGUAUGAACAAGGAUCAUGGCUGUGCUCACAUCUGCAAAGAGGCCCCGAGAGGCAGCAUUGCCUGUGAAUGCAGGCCUGGUUUUGAACUGGCCAAAAACCAGAGAGACUGCAUCUUGACCUGUAACCAUGGAAAUGGUGGGUGUCAGCACUCCUGUGAAGAUACUGCAGAAGGCCCCGAGUGUAGCUGCCAUCCACACUACAGGUUGCAUGCUGAUGGGAGAAGCUGCCUAGAGCAAGAGGGUACCAUGCUGGAGGGGACGGAGAGCAAUGCCACGUCAGUGGCAGAUGGAGAUAAACGGGUGAAGCGGCGGCUGCUCAUGGAAACGUGUGCUGUCAACAAUGGAGGCUGCGACCGCACCUGUAAGGACACGUCAACAGGCGUCCACUGCAGUUGUCCCUCUGGAUUCACUCUCCAGUUGGAUGGGAAGACAUGUAAAGAUAUCGAUGAGUGCCAGACCCGGAAUGGAGGUUGUAAUCAUUUCUGCAAAAACACUGUGGGCAGUUUUGACUGCAGCUGCAGAAAAGGAUUUAAAUUACUAACAGACGAGAAGUCUUGCCAAGAUGUGGAUGAAUGUUCUUUGGAAAGGACCUGUGACCACAGCUGCAUCAACCACCCUGGUACAUUUACGUGUGCCUGCAAUAGAGGAUACACUCUCUAUAGCUUCACCCACUGUGGAGACACCAACGAGUGCAGCGUCAACAACGGAGGCUGCCAGCAAGUUUGCGUCAACACAGUGGGUGGCUAUGAGUGCCAGUGUCAUCCAGGGUACAAGCUCCACUGGAAUAAAAAAGACUGUGUGGAAGUAAAGGGCGUCCUGCCCACUAGCACGACACCCCGUGUGUCCCUGCACUGUGGUAAAAGUGGUGGAGGAGACAGGUGCUUCCUAAGAUGCCAUUCUGGCAUUCACCUCUCGUCAGGACUGCAAGAGGCUUACUCUGUCACCUGCGGCUCUCCCUCUCUCAGAAGCAGACAGCAAAAAUCAAAUGACUCUGCUUUUGGGGAUGUCGUCACCGUCAGGACAAGUGUAACCUUUAAGCUAAACGAAGGCAAGUGUAGUUUGCAAAAGGCCAAGCUGUCUCCCGAGGGCCUGCGACCAGCAUUACCAGAGAGGCACAGCUCAGUAAAAGAGAGCUUCCACUACGCAAACCUUACAUGCAGCCCUGGCAAGCAAGUCCUGGGAGCCCUUGGCCGACCGAACGCCCCUAAGGAAAUGUUUAUCACGGUUGAGUUUGAACGGGAAACUUACCAAAAGGAGGUGACAGCUUCCUGCAAUCUGAGCUGCGUGGUGAAGCGAACAGAGAAGAGGCUGCGGAAAGCUGUGCGCACACUCAAGAAGGCUGCCCACAGGGAACAGUUUCACCUGCAGCUCUCAGGCACGGACCUCGAUGUGGCUAAAAAGUUUCCCCGAGUGUCGGGACAGCAGGAGGAGACCUGUGGAGUGGGCCAGGGUCGUGAAGAAAGCCAGUGUGGCCUUUGUCAGCCGGGUGAAUAUUCAGCAGAUGGAUUUGCCCCUUGCCAGCCCUGUGCCCUGGGCACCUUUCAGCCUGAUGUGGGCCGUACAUCUUGCCUCCCGUGUGGAGGAGGUCUUCCUACUAAGCAUCUGGGAGCCACUUCCUUCCAUGAUUGUGAAACCAGAGUUCAAUGUUCGCCUGGGCAUUUCUACAACACCACCACACACCGAUGUAUCCGUUGCCCACUGGGAACAUACCAGCCUGAAUUUGGAAAAAAUAAUUGUGUUUCCUGCCCGGGAAAUACUACCACCGACUUUGACGGCUCCACCAACAUAACACAGUGUAAAAACAGAAAGUGUGGAGGGGAGCUGGGGGAUUUCACAGGGUACAUUGAAUCCCCAAACUACCCUGGGAACUACCCAGCCAACUCAGAGUGCACCUGGACCAUUAACCCACCCCCCAAACGCCGGAUCCUGAUUGUGGUCCCUGAGAUCUUCCUGCCCAUAGAGGAUGACUGCGGUGACUACCUGGUGAUGCGGAAAACCUCUUCAUCAAAUUCUGUGACCACAUAUGAAACCUGCCAGACCUAUGAACGCCCCAUCGCCUUCACCUCCAGAUCAAAGAAGCUGUGGAUUCAGUUCAAGUCCAAUGAAGGGAACAGUGCCCGAGGAUUCCAGGUUCCCUAUGUGACAUACGAUGAAGACUACCAGGAGCUCAUUGAAGACAUAGUCCGAGAUGGCAGGCUCUAUGCGUCUGAGAACCACCAGGAAAUACUGAAGGAUAAGAAACUGAUCAAGGCUCUGUUUGAUGUCCUGGCACAUCCCCAGAACUAUUUCAAGUACACAGCCCAGGAGUCCCGGGAGAUGUUUCCAAGAUCUUUCAUCCGAUUGCUACGUUCCAAAGUGUCAAGGUUUCUGAGGCCUUACAAAUGACUCUUCCCACAUACCACCCUGAACAGGGUCCUACUGUGGGCUCAGUGGGCUGCAGCCGUCUCCCCUCCACACGCCGGCCUGCCAUCGGAUCAUUGCCACGCCCAGUAUCAGUGACUGGUCAGAGUUCAGUUUUUAUAGACAGCACAGAUAUCUUGGUAAACUGAACUUGGGUUUUCUCUCCCAGUAUUUCAGAUGUGGACUGCAUACAUCUUGAGCAGCACUGUGUGGGCGCAUGCCCUGGAUGUCCUGAGGGCUGGCUGGACUGGCCUCCCCUUGGGUUCUCACUCCUUCAACUGUCUGUAGUGGAAAGGAGGCCACUCUAGCUGCAUCUCCAUUUCCUCCUGGCCGGUCCUCUCCCAGGGAGCAUCUGUACUCAUCAGAGUGACCAGGCCAAAGAGGCAAGCAGGAGGGGAGGACAAGCACUCCAGGAGACUCCCGGGCCUUCUGAGUCAGGGGAAGACUCAGGUCCUCCCGGGCUUCUGCAGCCUCUGCAAUGCCAGUUUAAUCCUAACCGAGUGGGUCCUAAGCAGUGAUUUUUUUUUUAAAGACCAGAAAGAAUUAGAAAUAAAAAGGCCCCCCUGGAGGCAUGAAUAGCACGCACAUGCACAUGCACACGUGUACACACACACACACACACACACACACACACACACACACACACACAUACCACACCACACACACACCACACCACACACACACACACACACCACACACACACACACACUCACACACACACACACACCACACACCACACACACCACACACACACACACCACACACACACACACACACACACACACACACACACACACACACACCGCAUACCACACCACACCACACCAAAUGCAGAGGGCUGCUUGCCAUAGCAUCUCCUUUGUCUCCAGUCGCUCGAGCACUGUGCUGGGCUUGGUGAGUUCUUGAAUGUGAUCUCGAUGGAUCACAGCUGUCCUCCUUCAUGGAAGGGAGACUUCACCAGUCCAGGGUCAGUAUGGGCAGGGCCACCCCUCAGGGGUAGUAGUGACGGGUGCAGGUACCUUUCUUUUCCAUUUUCUCAGAGGGAAACUGAAUCUGAGACGAAGUGGCAUCACGCGGGGCGUGAUGUAGUGGCAUCACUGUCAUUCUGACCACGUGGCCGCAUGCAGGCUCACAGGCCACACAGUGGAAUCACUUUGGUCUGUACAGUGGAUCCAAAUCCUGAUCCCCUCCCCCAUGGACUCUACUUUUCAAUAUUAUCGAGCUUUUAAACAUUUUCACACCCUUCCCCCACCUCCCUGCUAAGAUCUCAUUACAGUGGAUGAGAAAAAUAUUGUUGGGCCAGAGACGUAGCGUAGUGGUAGGGCACUUGCUAAGGAUGUGCAAGGCCUUGGGCUUGGCCCCCAGGUCCACUGCCCCCAAAGAGUCCUGUCAAUCAAGCUGCCCUCGCUGUGAUGGAUGAACUGACUACACACAGCCAUGGGUUCUGUUCCCUCUGUGGCAGUUAUAGCACAUAAUUCUGUGUACCAAAGUACUAAAAAAUGUUUAACAAGCAUUUUUAAAAGAAAACAGAGUAUUUUGUCAAAGACUUGCUUUUCCACCUCAAUUUCAUUUUUUUUUUUCUUUUUUUCGGAGCUGGGGACCGAACCCAGGGCCUUGUGCUUGCUAGGCAAGCGCUCUACCACUGAGCUAAACCCCCAAACCCCAAUUUCAUUUUUAAUCUAUCACGACAUUGACUUUAACAUUUUCUUUAGAGAUAGAUAGGGUCUUACUAUGUAGCUCUGGCUGGCCUCAGACUCACAGAGUUCCACCUACCUUUGCCUCCCAAGUACUGGGAUUAAAGGUGUGUGCCACCAGGCACGAAUGGAGAUGCUGACAUUUUUUAAAGCCUUAAUGAAACAUUUCGUUUUUAUUUGAAUGAAAUUUCUCUUUAAGAAUUUGAAUGUCUUGUUAAGCACAGUGACACUUGUAAUCUCAGCCCUCAGGAAGUACAAGCUGGAGGAUCAGGAAUUUGAGGUCACCCUCAGCUACAUGGGGAGUUUGAGGCCAGUCUGGGCUACAAGAGACCUUAUUUCAAGAGUAUUUUUUAAGCCAUAUUCAGUUUUUUUUUUAAAAAGCCAUUAAGGUCCAGGUGUGGUGGCACAAGCCUUUAAUCCUUGCACUGGGGAGUCAGAAGCAGGAGGAUCUCUGUGAGUUUGAGGCUAGCCUAGUUUACAUAGCAAGUUCCAGGACAGCCAGGACUGUUACAUAGAGAAACCAUAUCUUGAAAAAAACAAACAAACAAACAAAAAUCAUGAAGAAACUGGAGAGAUGGUUAUCAGUUAUGAGCACUUAGUACUCUUGCGAAGGGCCUAGGUUCAGUUCCUAGCAUCCACAUUAGGUAAUGUCCUGGUAGUCUGUCUCCCUCUUCUGGCCUCUUUGGGCAUUGCAUGCAUGUGGUGCACAUCUCCCCAGACACACACACACACAUACACACACACACACACACACACACACACACACACACACCCUAUGCAAUUUAAAAGUAAUAAAGCUUUGUUUUUAAUGUUUAA